AUGUGUAGGUACGUAAUUUAAGAACGUGCCAGCUGAUAUUUGCGAUUUUUUGAGUGUAGACUCAACUUUAAACCGAUAUUGUAGGAUUCUGAGAGUCCAAAAUGUUUUGAGCAUAAUCUUGACACCUUUUACUUUGAUUUUGUAGUUGACAACUUUUUUGUACACCCACUCCCUGAGGUACUGUAGCGCUUAGAAAUGACGGCGCCCAAAAUGCGUACCAAUUGUACUCACCAACUUCCAAGCGCUACAGUACUCUAGUAAGGGGUCGUGGAAAAAAGUUGUCAACUAAAAAGUUGUAGUACUAGACGUCAAGAUUAUGCUCAAAAAUGUUGAGCGCCAGAAUACGUCUGUGAGCUCGACAAUAUAAGUUCGACGGACGGCAAAACAAUGAAUCACUUUUCUACUCAAAUCGUGCGAGUGAUAUCACUUGUUUGCCUUGACAGAUUGAGCAAAAGCCGCAGCUAUUUCGCAGUUUUUUUUAAAAGCUAUUUGAGGGCGUUUGUUUGCCUCAUUUCGAUGGAUAUAAGCGGCUCGAAAGUUUGUGAACAAUCCUAGCUGGCUCGCUUGUUGGUGGUCCUCAACGGAUCGCUCUUUAAAUUGUUCUUUACACGUCUCAAGUCUCGUCAGAUCAAAGAGUGUCUCAUCGGGUUUUACACACACAAAAACCUUUUUCCUUUGUCUAAAAACAAAAAGUCUCGAACUUUUCGCUUCUUUUCUCCUUUCCACUCUUUGUGCUAAUUCACAUGUUCACCGCUGCUCAUAAAAUCUCUGUCUCUUCGUGCUCGGCUCGGCUCGGCUCGGCUCGGCGCCGCCCGUUCCGCAGUCAGUUGGCGCGGCUGUGCAGAGCAGCAGCAGCGAAGAGCAGAGAAGAGUGCGAUUUUCAGUUUAAAGCCACCUCUCCACUCUAUUUUCGAAUAUUGUCGGCUUUGUGCAGCAGCAGCAGCAGCAGAAUGGUCGGUUUGAGACGCGCGACGACAAUCAACGAGACGACGGCCACACGUCGUCACAAGUUCGCGUUGAAGUACGAUUUGAACAAUAAUGGCGAGAAGAAGGAGCUCGACGCGCAGGAAUGUCCGUCCGGAGCCGGCCAGAGCGAGACGUUCGUCUGGGAUUGGCCGUUUAGCAAUGACGGUGAGAGGACUAGCUUUUUCUAGGCCCCAUGCCUCGGCUGCGGGUAGAGAUGCCGAAAAGUUGUCAACUGAUAAAAUGUGUAAAAAAUGUUGGCCAACAUUAUUGUAGUUGACAACUUUUUGAUAUCUCUACCCGCGGCUGAGAUAAAUCGUUUUGAAUAAACACUUUCUCCAGUGUUGACGUUUUAGCGCUUCAACUAUUGUCUAGUAUUCGGCUGUGGCCUAGCUUUUUCUCGGCCAUUGGUAUAAUCCCAAUUCUGCUUUCAGGCACUGCUCCGGGAGCCUACACGCCGGAAAAGUUCCUCGUCUGCUUGCCGUUCAACAAAGGAGGCACCGGAGAGAAAAACGGAACGGUAGGAACGAGUAUUGUAGUCUUUUCAAACGUUUGAGCACAAUUUUGACGUCUUGUACUAUAUUUUUGUAGUUGAGCACUUUUUUCUAGGACCACAAUAAUGUAGCGCUUGGAAGUUGGGAGCUCUUUUUCGGGUCAUGACUUCGGAGAGCUACAGUACGCUGGAGAGUGGUUAUAUGUACAAGUUGUCAACUACAAAAAUAUACUACUUGACAUGUACUUCAUUUUUGUAGUUGACACUUUUUUUGUACAAUCACUCCCUCAAGUACUGUGGCUCUUGGAAGUGAUGACCCAAAAAGUAGCUCUCGUUGCCACCCCAACUUCGAAGAGCUACAGUACUCCAGGAAGUGAGGCUAGAAAAAAGUGAUCAACUACAAAAAUGUAGUACUAGGUGUCAAGAUUAUGCUCAAAUUUUUUCAGAAUCAUAGAGCAUUUCAAAACUCCACAAUAUUCGUUUAAACUCGACAAUUCAUUUUGUGGCCUAGAAUCCGACCCUUGCUGUAAUAUCAAUAUCAAAUUUCGUCAGUUGUCGAUUGUAACGCGUCAAAAAAGUGUACCAUCACGGAAAAAGAAGAGAAAAAACGAAGAAGAUAUUAUCCAAUUCUAGAACUCGAUCAUUUCAGACAAAAAAGUUCGAGCGCAUCGCCGAGUCGGAUUUCUCGUGGAGCAUGGGCCUUUCGCGUGACGCCGAGCUCGGCUCCACAUGUUUUUGGCGGCUCGAAAUCGAGAUUAUCAGAAAUAUGAACGCCAUUGUGCUCAUUGCUUCCAGGUGAGUUUCAGGGCAUUCUUCCGAACCUACAAUAGUUGAAGAAACGUUCACUUUUUUGCGAUGCACCAUAGUAAAAUUGAAAUAUCUGAGCCUAAACUUAUUAUCAUAAAAAACUAUCAACUACAAAGUUGUAGAGCUGGAAAUUUUCUUUCAAAUGGUUGUCAGAACGUUUGAAAAUCUUGAAAAACAACCGAGAUACAUCAGCUCAAAGUUGAUCAAUUAUCGAUUGCAGAGACAUCAGCCGCUACUACGAGAACACGAAGCGUCUGAAGCGAGUGCGUAAAAUGUACCGUCUGCCCGACUACUACGACGUCUCCACAGUCACGACGGCCAUGUACGACUGGGCGGUCGUCGUCGAGGCGCAGAAAAAAUCGAUUAAUCGGCCGACGAUGCGCCGGGCCUCCACUUUUAUCUAA